AUGGAUCGAUUGCCCCUCGAACUGCAUAUACGAAUCGGCCGACAUCUGCACACCCAAGAUUUAUACCAGCUGGUUCUCGUCUCAAAAUCCUAUCAUUCCACUUUCACCCCGGAGCUUUACCGCGAGAUCAUGAUUUCGGGAGAAUACCAGGAGUCUAACACCAAUUCCUACUGGCCAUCUGUCCCGGUAACGCGCAAGAGCCGCCCUCCUGGCCGAUGUCUCCCUUAUGCCCUUAGUGAACACCCAGUCCUUGCUGGUUUCGUCCGCUCACUGGUGUUGCUCCCACUCGCACACCAGGGUUCUCCACAACUCAAACCGUCACGAGCUCUUCAGGAAACAGAUUGGCUAGACUCCUUGCUCCCCCAUCCGGUGACCAGACAGACAAUCCUGUGUUGGCAAAAGGCCCUUGAUUCUGACGAAAAACUCGAUUCUCGCCAGCCCCUGAGAAAUCCCUGGUUCGCCCUGCUAUUGCUUCAGCUCAAGAAUCUACGGCGUCUUUCUGUUUAUUUGCCAUGCGAGGAACGCGUGUCUGGACUAAACUACACCUCUGCGACGCCUUAUUUUGACAGCGUCAUCCAUGGGGCAGCAAAACCCGGAUCAGGGAUCCUCCCCCGCUUGACCCAUCUCACUAUCAACGAAGCUCACUUACGGUGGCAUCAUAAGCGGUCAGGUAUACCCCUGAGUCAGCUGGCACCAUUUCUUCGGAUCCCUUCCCUGAGAUAUAUACGUGUUGGGCAGCUCACUGAGAAUAAUAAGCAAGCUCUCCCUCGCGACUUCAGCUGCGGAAUAACCCAUAUUGAUAUCGAACAGUGUGAUAAAACCAUCACUCAAUUGCCACGCCUCCUCUCGGGGUGUUCAAAGCUCGAAUCCUUCACAUGGGCGCUCGAGGAGUCAACACAUCAUUUCUAUAAUGACCCGCACAGUCCUGCUUACCACUGGAAUCCCAACCGCGUGUAUGCUCCUCUUUACGAAGCCCGCUCCACGCUGCGGCACCUUACUAUGAUAUCUUAUGAGUGCAGUGGCAACAUGUUCCUCUUUCACGAUCUGGAGUAUCCCCAGCCAGCAUACUUCGGGCCCCUGUGUGACUUUCCUGUCCUGGAAACCCUAAACAUGCCGAUGGUUAAUCUAAUGCCUUUUCAUCCCGGCACACAUGUCCCGGUUUCUCCUCUGUGGGAGACUCUCCCAAGCUCGCUCAAGUCCCUAUCCAUAUACGGGUGUCUUUUGCAGAGUUCGCAUAUGCUCUGCGACGAGCUGGAAGACUUGGCAGCACAUUGCCAGACACAUUUCCCUCUGCUUAAUAUGGUGUACAUCGUGUAUUCCAGUUUUGAGAAGAUCAAUGGGCAGCAAUGUAGGGCCUGUCGCGGCGAACUUUCUCCUAAGUACGAUAUGGUCAAGCGAGACCCAGUGAUCGAUGGGCGGCUUGAAGCUUUGAAAGUCAGGUUUGAAAUGCUCGGGGUCAUUUUGGCCGUCAAUGAAUCCAUGAACUGGUUCUGA